CUACAGUGCAGUUUUCCAUUCAGGGGAACAUAUCCCGUGACAAUAACGGACUCCUCCAGGCACUCCAAGACAUCUGAGCCUUCAGCCGGGAGUGCUCUUGGAUCACAAGCUUGAAGUUUGCGUCUGAAGAGCUCAUUGGAAAGGAAGAGUUUUAUUGCGGGUGAGGCACGUUUAACGGCGCUUCAGGAGUCGCACAGCAGGGGCCAAUGGGAGUGUGGAAGCUGGCCAAGGUGGUGCUUGGAUGGGCUGCGAUCUGGUGGGCCGCGGUCCAUUCGGCGCAGGCGCAAGGAGAUGGAGACAUCCAGGCCAGUCGAUUCACUGGAAAACCUGAGGGGGAGGUGCAACAGAGGGUCCGUCGGAGAGGCCAGGAGUCCCUCAGGGGGCCCAACGUAUGCGGUUCCCGCUUCCACUCCUAUUGUUGUCCAGGAUGGAAAACUCUUCCUGCAGGAAACCAGUGUAUAGUUCCGAUCUGUAGGAACUCGUGUGGGGAUGGCUUUUGCUCAAGGCCAAAUAUGUGUACCUGCUCUAGUGGUCAUCUUGCCCCUAGCUGUGGUGCGGCCGCAGUCCAGUCCUGCAGCGUCAGAUGCAUGAAUGGAGGGGUCUGUAAUGAAGAUGCCUGCUCUUGUCAGAAAGGCUACACAGGAACGCACUGUGGACAGCCUGUGUGUGAGACUGGAUGUCAAAAUGGCGGCCGUUGUAUUGGACCCAACAGAUGUGCCUGUGUCUACGGUUUUACUGGACCGCAGUGCGAGAGAGACUACCGGACCGGGCCAUGCUUCACACAAGUCAACAACCAGAUGUGCCAAGGUCAGUUGAGCGGCAUUGUGUGCACCAAGACGUUGUGUUGUGCAACCAUCGGGCGAGCAUGGGGUCACCCAUGUGAGAUGUGCCCUGCCCAACCCCACCCUUGCCGAAGAGGUUUCAUACCCAACAUCCGCACUGGUGCUUGCCAAGAUGUGGACGAGUGUCAGGCCAUCCCAGGACUAUGCGCUGGAGGAAACUGCAUUAACACCGUGGGCUCCUAUGAGUGUAAAUGUCCCGCAGGUCACCGGCAAAGUGAGACCAACCAGAAGUGCGAAGAUAUCGAUGAAUGCGCAACCAUAUCCGGAGUGUGCGACGGUGGGGAAUGUACCAACACCGCAGGCAGCUACGUGUGCACCUGUCCGCGGGGAUACGUCACCAGCGCAGACGGCUCCAGAUGUGUCGAUCAUCGGGUCGGUGCGUGUUUCUCGUCUUUAGCGAACGGCCGCUGUGCGAGCGAACUGUCCGGUCAGUACACCAAGAUGCAGUGCUGUUGCGACACGGGCCGCUGCUGGGCCCUCGGACACAUCCCAGAGAUGUGCCCCGUCAGAGGAUCAGAUGAAUACAGGCGACUGUGCAUCCAGAGGCUUCCGUUUGCCACCGGUAACGGCGGCAUCAUCCACGACGGCAACGGCGGUCUGAACAUCGGCGGCUACGGCAAAGGUCCCUCGCACAACGGAAACGGCGGCGGCUACAUUUAUGGCGGCGAUCACACCAUCGGAAACGGCAAUGGCGGCAACGGCGGCCAGAAGAUUCAGAUCAGCCUGCUGAACGAGACGACGAUUGACGUGUGCAAGCAUUUUACCAACCUGUGCCUGAACGGCCGCUGCGUUCCCACGCCGACCAGCUACCGCUGCGAAUGCAACAUGGGAUACAGGCAGGACGUGCGCGGGGAGUGCAUCGAUGUGGACGAGUGCAUCAGUAACCCCUGUGUGAAUGGAGACUGUGUCAACACACAAGGAUCGUAUCACUGUAAAUGUCACGAGGGAUACCAGGGAACUCCCACCAAACAGGCCUGCAUUGACAUUGACGAGUGUAUCGUGAACGGCGUUAUGUGCCGUAACGGACGCUGCGUGAACACAGAUGGAAGUUUCCAGUGCAUCUGUAAUGCUGGCUUUGAAAUCAGUCCUGAUGGGAAGAACUGCGUCGAUCAUGAUGAAUGUGCCACCACCAACAUGUGCCUCAACGGCAUGUGCAUAAACGAAGACGGGAGCUUCAAGUGUAUCUGCAAACCUGGAUUUGCUUUGGCGCCCAACGGACGCUACUGCACUGACAUUGACGAAUGCCAGACCUCGGGCAUCUGUAUGAACGGUCGCUGCGUGAACACAGAAGGCUCUUUCCGCUGCGAGUGCCCGCCAGGGCUGGCCAUCGACGUGGAUGGCCGCGUCUGCGUGGACACCCACAUGCGCACCACCUGCUACGGCGCAAUAAAGAUGGGCACGUGUUCGCGUCCAUUCCCCGGGGCGGUGACCAAGUCGGAAUGCUGCUGCGCCAACCCAGAACACGGCUUCGGAGAACCCUGCCAACCCUGCCCGGCGUUCAACUCCGCCGAGUUUCAGGCGGUGUGCAGCAGCGGACCUGGAAUCACUGCAGACGGACGAGACAUCAACGAAUGCGCUUUGGAUCCAGACAUCUGUCAAAAUGGGAUCUGCGAGAACUUGCGCGGGAGCUACCGUUGCAUCUGUAACAUCGGCUACGAGUCCGAUGCUAGCGGCAAGAAUUGCGUGGACAUUAACGAGUGUUUGGUGAAUCGGUUGUUGUGCGACAAUGGCAUGUGUAGAAACACGCCCGGAAGUUACACUUGCUCUUGCCCCAAAGGAUUCUCUUUCAAAGCUGACUCUGAGACUUGCGAAGACAUCAACGAAUGCGACUCCAACCCUUGCAUCAACGGCAUGUGCCGCAACGUAGCCGGUUCUUUCAACUGCGAAUGUUCCCACGGCAGCAAGCUGGACUCCACCAACACCAUCUGCGUAGACAGCAUGAAAGGAACCUGCUGGCUAAACAUCCAGGACAGCCGCUGUGAGGUGAAUAUAAACGGGGCCACGCUGAAGUCCGAAUGCUGCUCUACGCUGGGGGCGGCCUGGGGAAGCCCUUGUGAACACUGCGAAAUUGAUCCAGCCUGUUCGAAAGGUUUUGCGCGCAUGAAGGGACUUGUGUGUGAAGAUAUUAACGAGUGUGAGGUGUUUCCCGGCGUGUGCACUAACGGACGCUGUGUGAACACGCAAGGCUCGUUCCGAUGCGAGUGUCCGGAGGGACUUACGCUGGACGGAGCCGGACGAACAUGUGUUGAUAUCAGAAGCGAGCAGUGUUAUAUGAAAUGGGACGAGGACGAGUGCGUGGAGCCAUUACUGGGCCGGUAUCGUGUGGAUAUGUGCUGCUGUACAGUGGGAGCGGCAUGGGGCGUGGACUGUGAGGCCUGUCCCAAACCAAACACGCCCGAAUUCAAAACCAUCUGCCCGCGGGGACCCGGAAUCGCCAACCGAGGAGACAUCCUGACAGGACGACCUUUCUACAAAGAUGUGAAUGAAUGUAAGGUCUUCAAAGGCCUGUGCACUCACGGGACGUGCCGAAACACCAUCGGGAGCUUCAAAUGCCGCUGUGACAGCGGUUUCGCCCUCACCAUGGAGGAGAGGAACUGCACAGAUAUCGACGAGUGCACCAUCUCUCCGGACCUGUGCGGACACGGCGUCUGCGUCAACACGCCCGGCAGCUUCGAGUGCGAGUGUUUCGAGGGCUACGAGAGCGGCUUCAUGAUGAUGAAGAACUGCAUGGACAUCGACGAAUGCGAGAGGGAGCCCCUGCUGUGCCGCGGCGGCACGUGUCUGAACACAGAGGGCAGUUAUGAGUGCGACUGUCCUCCGGGACACCAGCUGAGUCCAGAAGCUUCAGUCUGUGAAGAUGUGAACGAGUGUCAGCUCAGUGAUAACCUGUGUAGGAACGGUCAGUGUGUGAACAUGGUGGGCACCUAUCAGUGCUCCUGUGACAUGGGAUACCAGGUGACGCCCGACAGACAGGGCUGCGUGGAUAUCGACGAGUGCACCAUCAUGAACGGCGGCUGCGAUACUCACUGUACGAACUCUGAGGGCAGUUACGAAUGCAGCUGCAGCGAAGGUUACGCGCUCAUGCCCGACCUCAGGACCUCUUUUCAUGAUAUUGUAAUGUUUUAUUUAUUUAUUUAUGUCAACGAAUGUGAUCUGAAUCCUAACAUCUGUCUGCACGGCGACUGUGAAAACACGAAAGGCUCUUUCAUCUGCCACUGUCAGCUGGGAUACUUCGUCAAGAAGGGCUCCACCGGAUGCACAGAUGUCGAUGAGUGUGAGAUCGGCGCUCAUAACUGCGACAUGCACGCCGCCUGCGUCAACGUCCCGGGGAGCUUCAAGUGCCGCUGCCGCGACGGCUGGGAGGGCGACGGGAUCAAGUGCGUCGAUGUGGACGAGUGCGUGACUGAAGAACACAACUGUAACCCGAACGCCGAGUGCAUGAACACGCCGGGAUCGUACCGCUGCUCCUGUAAAGAGGGAUUCAACGGCGACGGAUUCACCUGCUCCGACAUGGACGAGUGUGCGGAUAACGUGAAUCUGUGUGAGAACGGUCAGUGUCUGAACGCACCGGGAGGAUAUCGCUGCGAGUGUGAGAUGGGCUUCACCCCGACUGAAGAGUCACACACACACACACACAGAGACAUCGACGAGUGUAACUUCCAGAACAUCUGUGUGUUCGGAUCGUGUCAGAACCUGCCGGGAAUGUUUCGCUGUGUGUGUGACUACGGAUACGAGCUGGACCGUAGCGGAGGAAACUGCACAGAUAUAAACGAGUGUUUCGACCCGGUGAACUGCAUCAACGGCGUGUGUGUGAAUCUGCCCGGCAGCUACCUGUGCAACUGCCCGCCGGACUUCGAGCUCAACCCGUCGGGCGUGGGCUGUGUCGACACUCGUGUGGGGAACUGCUUCCUGGACACUCUGGACCGCGGUGACGGAGGCAUCUCCUGCAGCGCUGAGAUCGGGGUGGGAGUGACCCGCGCCUCCUGCUGCUGCUCGCUGGGGGGAGCCUGGGGAAACCCCUGCGAACUCUGCCCGCCCAUCAACUCCACUGAGUACAAAACCCUGUGUCCCGGAGGAGAGGGCUUCCGGCCCAAUCCCAUCACCGUCAUCCUGGAGGACAUCGACGAGUGCCAGGAGCUGCCGGGUCUGUGUCAGGGGGGAAACUGCGUCAACACCUUCGGCAGCUUCCAGUGCGAGUGUCCCGCCGGAUACUACCUCAACCAGGAGACGCGCAUCUGCGAAGAUAUUGAUGAAUGCACGGCGCACAUCGGCAUCUGCGGUCCAGGAACCUGCUACAACACGCUGGGGAACUACACCUGCGUCUGUCCUCCCGAGUACAUGCAGGUGAACGGAGGAAACAACUGCAUGGAUAUGAGAAAGAGCGUGUGCUAUCGCAACUUCAACGACACCUGCGAGAACGAGCUGUCCUUCAACAUGACCAAGAAGAUGUGCUGCUGCUCGUAUAACGUGGGCAAAGCCUGGAACAGACCCUGCGAGGCCUGUCCCACGCCGGCCACAUCCGAGUACCAGCUGUUGUGUGGAAAUCAGGCUCCCGGGUUCAUCAUCGACAUUCACACCGGAAAACCCAUCGAUAUCGACGAGUGCCGCGAGAUCCCAGGAAUCUGCGCGAACGGCGUCUGCAUCAACCAGAUCGGCAGUUUCCGCUGCGAGUGUCCCAUGGGCUUCAGCUACAACAACAUCCUGCUCAUCUGCGAAGAUAUGGACGAGUGCAACAGCGGCGACAGCCUGUGCCAACGCAACGCUAACUGCAUCAACAUCCCCGGCAGCUACCGCUGCGAGUGUUCGGCCGGCUUCAAGCUGUCGCCCAGCGGAGCCUGCGUCGACCGUAACGAGUGUCAGGAGAUCCCGAACGUCUGCAGUCACGGCGAGUGCAUCGACACUCAGGGCAGCUUCCGCUGUCUGUGCCACAACGGCUUCAAGACCACGCCGGACCAGACCAUGUGCAUGGAUAUCGACGAGUGCGACAGACAGCCGUGUGGAAACGGUACAUGUAAAAACACUGUGGGCUCCUACAACUGCCUGUGCUUCCCCGGCUUCGAGCUCACGCACAACAACGACUGCAUGGAUAUCGACGAGUGCAGCGUUCACGCCAGUCAGGUGUGCAGGAACGGCCAGUGCAUCAACAGCAUGGGCUCCUUCAGGUGUCUGUGUCUGGAUGGCUAUAACCUGACGCCGGACGGCAAGAACUGCGUCGAUAUUAACGAGUGCGUGACGCUGCCGGGAGCCUGUCAGCCGGGGACCUGUCAGAACCUGGACGGCUCGUUCCGCUGCAUCUGUCCGCUCGGAUACGAGGUGCAGAACGACAAGUGUGUGGAUAUCAACGAGUGCAGCGUGGAGCCCAGCAUCUGUCAGUUCGGCUCGUGUAAAAACACUGCGGGCAGCUUCCAGUGCAUCUGUCAGCCUGGCUUCGUUCUGUCCGACAACGGCCGCCGCUGCUUCGACACGCGCGAGAGCUUCUGCUUCACGCGGUUUGAAGCGGGCAAAUGCUCCGUCCCCAAACCGCUCAACACCACCAAAGCCAAGUGCUGCUGCAGCCUGCUGCCGGGCGAGGGAUGGGGCGACCCCUGCGAACUGUGUCCGCGAGAGACCGAGGCUGCGUUUCUCACGUUGUGUCCCUACGGUCACGAAGCCGUCCCGAGACCCGAAGGACGAGAGGACAUGAACGAGUGCGUGGAGAACCCGGGCAUCUGCGGAAACGGCUUGUGCAUCAACACGGACGGCUCGUUCCGCUGCGAGUGUCCCUUCGGAUACAACCUCGACUUCACCGGCGUCAACUGCGUGGAUACGGACGAGUGCUCGAUCGGAAACCCCUGUGGAAACGGGACGUGCUCAAACGUUCCUGGUGGGUUUGAAUGUUCCUGUCAGGACGGCUUCGAACCCGGACCCAUGAUGACCUGUGAAGACAUCAACGAGUGUGUGAUGAACCCGCUGCUCUGUGCUUUCCGCUGCGUCAACACCUUCGGCUCGUACGAGUGCAUGUGUCCGACGGGAUACGUGCUGCGCGACGACAACCGGAUGUGCCGAGACCAGGACGAGUGCGCUGAAGGGCUGGACGACUGCGCCUCCAGAGGAAUGGCCUGCAAAAACCAGAUCGGCACCUUCAUGUGUAUCUGUCCUCCCGGCAUGACGCGCCGCCCCGACGGAGAUGGAUGCAUGGACCUGAACGAGUGCCGCAGCAAGCCGGGAAUCUGCAAGAACGGCCGCUGUGUCAACACGGUGGGAAGCUACCGCUGCGAAUGUAACGAGGGUUUUGAGUCGAGCUCCACAGGCACCGAGUGCAUCGAUAACAGGAAGGGCUUCUGUUUCACGGAGGUCCUGCAGACGAUGUGCCAGCAGUCGUCCACCAACCGAAACACCGUCACGAAGUCGGAGUGCUGCUGUAACGGCGGCCGCGGCUGGGGAUCGCUGUGUGAACUCUGUCCUCUGCCCGGAACCAUCCAGUACAAGAAGAUGUGUCCGCUCGGACCCGGAUACACCACUGACGGCAGAGACAUCAACGAGUGUGACGUGAUGCCUAACCUGUGUAAGAAUGGCCAGUGCAUCAACAGCGUCGGCUCCUUCCGCUGCCAUUGCAACGUGGGUUACACCGAUGACUUUACUGGCACUUCCUGUGUUGAUAUGGACGAGUGCUCUCAGUCGCCCAAACCAUGUAACUUCCUGUGCAAAAACACUGAAGGCAGUUACCUGUGCUCGUGUCCCAGAGGAUAUAUCCUACAGCCUGAUGGGAAGGCCUGCAAAGACUUGGACGAGUGCUCAACCAAGCAACACAACUGUCAGUUCCUGUGCGUCAACACGAUCGGUGGCUUCACCUGUAAAUGCCCCUCAGGCUUCACGCAGCACCAGACGGCAUGCAUAGACAACAACGAAUGCAGCAAUCAGCCAAACGUAUGCGGCUCCCGCGCCUCCUGCCUCAACACCCCCGGCAGCUUCAACUGUGAGUGUCAGAAGGGCUUCUCUCUGGACACCACGGGAAUCAACUGCAACGACGUCGAUGAAUGUGGUGGAAACCACCGGUGCCAGCACGGCUGCCAGAACAUGCUGGGAGGAUAUCGCUGUGGAUGCCCGCAAGGUUACGUUCAGCACUACCAGUGGAACCAGUGUGUGGAUGAGAACGAAUGUGCCGGAAAUCAAGCCUGUGGGUCUGCGUCUUGCUAUAACACUCUGGGCAGCUAUAAAUGCAUGUGCCCGUCAGGUUUCGACUUUGAGCUCUCUGCUGGCAGCUGCCAGGAUGUUAAUGAAUGUGCCUUGAACAAUAACCCCUGCAGCUAUGGCUGCUCCAACACAGAUGGCGGCUACUUGUGCGGAUGUCCUGGAGGCUUCUACCGAGCAGGACAAGGGCACUGCAUCACAGGAGUGGGCUUCCAGGGUCAGUUUGGCUCGGAGGGUGAGGAUGACGAAGAGUCACUGUCACCGGAGGCCUGCUAUGAAUGCAAGAUCAAUGGUGACCUUGGAAAGAAAGGCCGCCAUAGGCGUAAUGCUGGCGAUAAUGAGCUCAAGGAGACGGUGAGUAUGGCCAGCAUGGAUGUUCAGACCUCCAUCCCAAUGAACCUUAGUCUGGCGCAGCUGCAAAACAAGGAACCCCUACUUGAGUUGCUUCCAGCCCUGGAGCCGCUUGAGCACCACGUGCGCUACGUCAUAACGCACGGAAACCAGGGUGAACACUUCCGCAUCCUGGAGCGUCGCGACGGAAAGAGUGUUCUGCGGCUGGGCCGAAAGCCACCCCCUCCAGGUUUGUUCCGCCUGGAGAUCGCCAGCUUGCGUAUGUUCGGUCCGCGCAAACUUCAGCAAAUAGAGGACCAGCACGACAGCGACUACUUGCUGGGCGAGAUCGGCGACGCACUGCGCAUCAAGUUGCACAUCCACCUGCACUGAGACUGACCCUUGACCCUGUGCCCUUCACUGCAGGGCGUUGGCUCUGAGAGACUGUGUCCAUUUAUCGCCAUGUUUUGGGUUUGUUCUUAUUUGCCGUCCUUUCAUGUUUUCAUGUCAGCCCCCACCGAUUCCGCCAGGUUGGGUGGAAUAUGUACAUAUACCACCUUAAAUUAGCAGGAGUGCGUUAGCACUAGCAUUAGCACCCAAUCAGACAUAUUAGUCGUAAGGACGAUUUAAUUUUAAUACGGCUUUUACAGUUGUAAACUGUCAAAAUUAUCAUAAAAUGACAUUUCAGUCUUUAGUGCACAUAAAAACGAUGCAUUAUAGAUGAAGAAAAAUAUAAUGACCGUUCACUCACCUCGAUGUCUCAGUGCAAACUGGGGUCAACAUUUAUUCCAGUCAGUAUUUAGAGUCAUUUGUCAAGUAUUGUACUAUUUUUGAAGAAAAGAAAAAAAAAAGGUGACACAAAGGACUGCAACAAUUUUUCAGGUUUAAACAGUCGAGGGUUCAAACAGCUUAUGGUUCUCGAGACUGAAAUAUGUCUUUUUACAUAAGAUUUUUGGGACUUUCUGGAGUGUUUGCAUGAGCUGCCACAUCGCUUUACCUCAUUUUACACACAUAGACAAGAACACACACAUAUAUGUGUGGCAGUUAAGACAGGAGUGGUGCUAAAUGCUCAAAAUUCGCACUGGGCCUCCUCUGCGUAUUUAAUCAGGGAAAUUUCAUUCCAAAAAUGGCAACAACUGUCCAAAGGGUUUUCGAAUAUGCAUGUGAUGUUGCACAAACUUGGCAUUCACAUUUGAACCAUUUUCUUCUCCAUGCUUGUGUGCUCUUGUCGGUGUAUUUGAAAAAGACGCGCUUCGCAAACAGAGCACAUACGAAUGGAGAACUGGAAGCCUGCUGGGUAAACCAACCAGAGGCCAUUUUUGAUUGCAGCUGGAAACGUGCAGUCUCAAUGGUACAUAAGGAUUGUUUGGCAAGCCGUCCUCCAAAACACUCCAGAUAUGGACAUGCAAACACACAUUUUCAACUUUCAAGUGUGGGAACAUUGACAAACCAACCCUCGUUUCUUAGUUUCUCAGUAAUCUUGAGCAAACAAGGUGCUAAGAUUCCAACUUACGCUGUUCUACGAACUGAUUUGUGGAUCGCAAACGCGACAUUUUCAAAGGUCUUUUGUGUUUUUUUUUAUUUUGUGUGUGAUUGUCUUUUGUACUGUCUCAAUGCUGAAAAAUCAAUACUAUCAAAGCUUGUUAAAAAUUUUAAUUGUAUAUUUUAAAGUGAAAUGUAGAUUUUGUUUGUAUUUCUUCUUUUGUAUUCUUGAGCAUCAAGACUGCCAAACCAAAUAUUUACUUGUAAACAUUAGAUAAAUAGCCUUUAAGAACUGUUGACUUUGUUUUUCCUCUUAAUACGGACAAUUAAUGAUCACAGCAUCCUUUAUUUACUGUCACGGAGCACUAUGUGACAGACAUCACUGUUUACAUGAGCUUGUCCAUCAAUCAUCAUAAUACUGUAGUUUAUUUGCCAUGACCAGCAACAUUGGACUGUUUUCAAAGGCUGUAAACAAAGUAAUUUUGGUGCUAGAAUGACAAAACUGUUUCUUGAACAUCACAGUAACUGCACUGUACGACAGCCUGAGCUAUAUUUAUGCAUAACCAUUUGUCUAACAUUGGAACUUUGUAUACUUUCAUAAAGUUUUUUUUUGUUGAUGCCACUACAUGUAAAAGAGCGAAUGUGCGUGACUGUACUGUAUGUCAAAAAUCAGCAGCAAACUUGAAAUAGUCAUCAAGCUAGUGUCGAGUUACGAACUUCAGACCAAAGAAAGUGGACCAGGUCGCUCAGGAUGAUGUCGAUUCCCAUAAAUCUCUGGGGUGCAUUGAUUACGGCAAACUGUAUGAAUUUUUUUAGCCAUAAAGAUCCAUGACAGAGAAACCUGAGCACCCUGUACAUGACUAAUGAGUAAUUCCAAAUGCAUUGUUUUUAUACCAUUUUCGAUCCAUCUGUCAGAUCCAAGUGAUCCGCACAAUGUUUGUGAACAUCUGUAUGAAACAACGAAUGGCAAUAAAACAACAUUGGUUAUAUUUUUAAA